ACCUACACAGAAUGGACACUAAUACUAAUAUACAUCGAGUUUUUGCUGCUGAUGGAUGGUAGGGAAAAAAAGAAAAAAGAAGUCGACCGCCUUUUGUGGGGAAAAAACAGGGUGAUGAAGAAAUAGGAAUAUUACUUUGAAUGAUAUUGGGGCAGACUUUUAAAUUAUACAUUAAUGGACAAUAAUACCGAAUAUUGCAUAGUUUUACACAUCAUUGAAGGAAUUCGUUUAAAUAUUAAUAAUAAUGAUCUAACACUAAAUGCAAAUUUAAAUGGUGUAAAAUUCGAAGUAAUUGGUCAUAACACCGAAGGUGCAACAAUUUUCCACAGUAAUUGCAUCUGGGAAUGUAAAUAUGAUGAUUUGAAAAGAAUGAAAACAGAUAAUCGGCCAAUUAAAAUUGAAUGUUUUCAUAAAACAACUAAAAACGACAGUGAAGUAUUGAAGACUAUUGGAUUCAUUCUACUUCCUAUACGAUCUUUGCAAGUCGUCAAGACACCCAAAAACCUCCAGAUUAAGCUUCAUUGGCAUAAACUAUGUGGUCUUGCACGUGAAUGGCGUCAAGCUAAACCAGAACUAUACUUGUCCGCCAUAAUAACUACAAAAGAACUCAUAGAUGCGGAAAAACUGGAAGACUUUAUGGAUCCGAAGCCCAUCGAAAGUUCCGACUCAAUUUACAUCAAACCAACAGAAACAUCGCUGAUGUUAAAAUCUCAAUCAGGGAUUUACGUUAAUCUCUUGGAAGAUGAAUGCCGCCUACAAAUUGGAAAUAACCCCAACGAUAUUGACACCUUUUUUCUAACUCUGACUUUUAAAAACGCCAAAAAUUUGGAGGAAUUGGUUGGAGGCAAUGUAAAUCCAGUAUUUCGCUUUCACUACGACAUUAUGGGUAGUCCAUCGGAUUUGAUUCUUGUUCCAAAUACAGAUAGAGUCUAUAAUAUAAAUGAAAAGAUAACAGUAAAUUUUAAAUCAUCAUUAGAGAGUUUAAAAGAGUACUUGAGACGUAUAUUUUACAUUCCAGUCGAUUUGUACUACAACGAAAAUAUUAUAGGAAACUACACACUCAAAUUAAUUGAUCUAAUGCCCUCGUCUCUGGAAUUACUGAAAGGAAGCAAUGUAUGGGAGGUUAAGGAAUCUUUCUCUUUCGCAACGCUUUUUGAUAUUUUAGAGUCACCCGCUCGGCCUGUAGUUGAAUAUGUUUUUUGUUUGACCUACGUUCCAGCUGAAGUCCAAUCAAAUCGUUGGAUACCAGAAAUAAUAGACAAAAAAGCCCGUGGAGAUAUGGGUGAUAAGGACGACUGUGUUGAAUUACCCCCCACAAUAACGAAUGUAAAAAAUUCUCGAAAAGUGACUCAAACUCGCAGUAUAUCUCAUCGAAUCAAUCGAGAAAAAGAAGAUAACCCAAAGUCCUCCAGAUCAGACACUUUUAUUAACUACAAAUUAAAAUCACAAAAAACUAUAAAUGAUGAUGUUGCUUAUGAAAUGAUUACCGAAUUAGAAGAUUGGAAAAAUAAACAAAUGAGUGAAUUCUUGUCCGAAUUAAAACAAAAAGAAAUCCUACAUUUAAAUAAAUUAUCAAUCGAAUGGGAACUACAAAGAAAAGCCUUGGCUAAAAGCCUAACAGAUAAACUUGACGAGUGCAAUCGUAUGACAGAAUCCCUAGAAAUAACCCAUGCUCAAGUUCGAUCAAUGAAUUUAAAGCAUUUAGAUAAUGAACGAGCUUUAGAAAAAAACAAAUACGAAUUAGAUAAAAAAUACACCAUCAAAUUCAUGGAAAUUGAAGAAAAGGCGAGAAGAAUUAAAGAUGAAAUGGAUUAUCAAAAAAAGUUGCAUGACUUAGAGUAUAAGCAAUUAUUAAAUGAAAAAAAUAUGAAAGACCAAGAGUGCUCUAAACUUAACGAAAAAGUCAAAGAAUUAGAAGAAGAAAUUAAAGAAUUAAGAAAGAAUUACGUUCCAAAAGAACAGCUUGUUGGUUUAUUGCAUGAUUUGAGACAACAAUCAGAAAGUUUUUCUGAAAUAGAGAAAUCGAAGAACUUCUACAAACACCAGUGGGCUAAAGCUACUAGAGAAGCUCAUAGUUUGAGGUUGCAAUCGCUUAAGUUUCAGGAAGAGAAACUCAAACAGAUGGGGAGUUUUAGCAUCGACAAUGUAAUGGACUUAAGAAAACUUAUAUUUGAAGAACAAUCGGAAUUGAUGGCUGAUAAAAGUGAAUUGAGAAAUAUCCAAGAUGCCCUUACAUCCGAUCCUGAAAUAAAUGAUUCAAAUAGUAACUGCUAAUUUAAAAUGUUACGACAAACAGUAACAAUUUUUCUGUGAUAAAUCUAAAAAUUGUUAGAUUAAAUGACUUUUUAUAUUUUUAAUACAAUUUUAUUACAUUUAUAUACUACGAUUAAAACAAUCAUUAUUAUCAUUAAAUAA